AUGGACCAAAACAUAAACAACAUGAACAUGAGCCUACCUCUCUACGACUUGGAGCCAUGUUCGGCGCAGCACAGCGGCGCGCUGGCUGCGCUGCGCCUGCUGCGGAGUUACAACCACUUCUUACCACCAGACGUGCCCAGCGUGGUGGGCCCCCUGCUCGCCGCGCUGCCCCCGCCCCCGUGUCUGCCUUACUGCCAGCACCUGCCUAUGCGCAGCCCGCCACCGCUCCACGGACUGUCAGAAGAGGCCCGCCGUCGCGGCGAGAAGCGACCAAUCCCCGCCGAGCUGAAGGACGAGAAAUACUUCGAACGGCGCCGGCGCAACAACCAGGCCGCCAAGAAGUCCAGGGACGCGCGCCGAGUGCGAGAGGACCAGAUAGCAUGGCGAGCCUGCCUUCUUGAGCAAGAAAACGCGUCAUUGCGUGCACAUGUGGCGGCGCUCAGACAAGAAGCGUUAGCGCUGAGGGCGCUGCUAGCGGCUGAUGAACCCGCCGUCCCUACUAGCACCACCGCUGAUUAG